AAGCGCUGAUUGGCUAGUGUUACUGCUACUGAGAGCUGACUGGUUGAUGAGUCUGUCAUAUCAUUGGCUGAGUGAAGUGGUUCGCACUCAGUGACAUCAUGAACGCACAUAAGACGCUAUUCUAUGUGUUCAAAAACACUAAACACAAUAAACAUAAAAUGUUUAUGCUGCUCUGUGUUCAGGGACUGAAAUCAUUUUCCACCUAAAACGUUUAAGCCUUUACAAACUAAUUAUGCUCUAAUUCUCCAUAUCAGCCCAUUAGCGCCCUCUAGCGUCUGACAAAUGCGGAGACUAUUCCUGAGUGGCAGAUCUCCUCUCUAGAAAAUCUCUGUUCCGCCCUCCGGUGUAUCCUGAAAAUAUGUCCCCGCUUGGCGGAAACCUGUUAUUCUUCUCCUAACUAGGUAAAACGUGUUCGGUCCGAGACUCAUUUUAAGACUAAUGUCAUGUAGUAAUUGCGUGCCAAGAGGAAAACUGCGGUUCUGAAACAUCAACAACAACAACAACAACAAGGCUGAUAUAGGAACUGUAGUGCGGGCCGGUGCGGCGGCUGUGAGGCGCUCGGUGGGACCUGGCCGAGCGGUGGGCAGCAGUGAUGAAGAAGGAGCAGGUCGUGAACUGUCAGUUCUCCGUCUGGUAUCCGCUGUUCAAGAAGCUCACGAUUAAAAGCCUGAUUCUGCCUCUGCCUCAGAAUGUAAUCGAUUACCUUUUGGAUGACGGGACACUUGUGGUUUCUGGAAGUGAAAACAGCACUCAGCGUUCACAGACCAACAACAGUGACUCAGAGGAAGAGGACGACAUUCAGUGGUCCGAUGAUGAGACAACAACUGUCGCCACGGCACCAGAAUUCCCAGAAUUCAAUUCAAAAGUGCAGGAAGCAAUAAACGCGCUGGGUGGCCGAGUCUUCCCCAAACUGAACUGGAGCGCACCUCGAGAUGCAAACUGGAUUGCCUUGAACAGCUCUUUGCAGUGUCAGAGUCUCAGUGACAUCUUUCUGCUCUUCAAAAGUUCAGACUUCAUCACACAUGAUCUCACACAGCCGUUCCUCCAGUGCAGUGAUGACUCCCCAGACCCUGGUAUAAACUAUGAGCUAGUGUUAAGGAAAUGGAGCGAGCUCAUCCCAGGUGGAGAAUUCCGCUGCUUUGUGAAGGAGAACAAGCUUAUUGGCAUCUCUCAGAGAGACUACACCCAACAUUACCAGCACAUCUCCAAACAAGAAGCGAGUAUUUCCUCCUCCAUCCUGCUGUUCUUCAAGAACCACAUCCAGCACCAGUUCCCUGAUGAGGACUUUGUCCUGGAUGUUUACAGAGACAGCAUGGGUCGUGUGUGGCUGAUUGACUUUAAUCCGUUCGGUGAGGUUACAGACUCUCUGCUCUUCACUUGGGAGGAGCUAACAUCUGGAAACAGUCUUACAGAUAGUGAAGACACAGCACUACAGGAGAGUCCUGCUUUCCGGUACACCACCAGUGAAGUGACUGUCCAGCCAAGUCCAUGUUUGUCCUACAGAAUCCCACGAGACUUCUUGGACCUGUCCACUGGAGAAGAUGCUUAUAAGCUAAUUGAUUUUCUCAAAUUGAAAAAGGGUCAACAAGAGGAGGAGUCCGAGGACGAGGCUGAGGCUGAGCCUCACGUGGCCAGUACAUGAGGCGACUCAAUAUGUUAAGUGACCAACAGAUUUGCUGUUGCUUACAUAGCCGCUCUCAUUUUCCCCAACGUUAAUUUUCUACUUUGCAUAUUGAUUAGAGACAUCUUCCCCUUUUCCCGCGGGACUGUACCGAUACUGUAGACAUGCAUGUCUUAAUGCUAAGCUACAUUUUGGAAAUAUCCUUUACUUUAUGUGAUGAAAUGCUACGAUGCUACAGGGCGGUUUUGAGGUUUUGAUUAAAUGAAUGUAUGCGUUUCAAGGGUGGAAGACUAAGAAUAGUGGUUUGCUUUGAUGUUCUGGCCAUGAUGUUGGUCGCAUUCGUCCACCGGACAUAAGCAGCCAACAGGAACGAGAUCUGAGCAUGGUUACAGACAUUAGCCUGGCUCAUGCUCUUCACAUAUGUUGACAGAAUAAAUCCUGAAAUGAUGAUGUUCACAGGUUGAUAUUAUAUAAUCAGCACAGGCCAAAUACUUUGUUUAUAGAUUGUAUACUUGUGCAUAUGUAGUUACCAGUGGUACUUUGUUUCAAAUAAAAAGUAUCAUGUUUACAUUA